AUGGUUCGCGCGCGCGCGCACUUGUCACCUUUCCGCGACCCCAGCAACGGCGCAGCGACUGCCGGAACCGGGCUUGCGACCGCAUCUGCGACUGCUGCGACGGCGUCUGCUGCCAAGUCGCAGGCGACGCCGUCCCUCCUGCGACUGAGCGACCCAUCCGUCCGCCACCGCGCGCUCAGCGACGCGGGAAUCGCGCACGGCUCGCAGGUCACUCUGCUGGCCUCCACCAUCGCUGACGUGGCGGCGAUGUCCGCUCUGCAGGCGGGCCCGCAGGCCGCCGCGUCGCAGCGCGUGAUCGGAUUCGAGGAGGAGAUCGAGCGGGCGAUUCGGCGCGGCGCGGCGGGCGUAGGCGGGGGAAGCGGUUAUAGUAAGAAGGAGCGUGUUGCUGUUCCCAAGGGCCCUUACACUUUUCACGACUUCCGCACAUGGCAGCUUCCUGGAAGUGAGAUGCGCCCGCCUGUGUCUGAGGCGCUGGCGCUGCUGCAGCGCCUGGCAGCGGACCCGGGGAUAGUGGCCGUCAUGCACAAGCACCGCUGGUCUGUGCGGCUUUUGAGCGAGCUGCCUCCGGAGGGCCUCGUGGGAGUGUCGCCCGUGUGCCUGCUGGGCUUUAACAAGAACCGCGGAGAGGAGGUGUGUCUGCGGCUGCGCACGGACGACCUCAGGGGCUUCCGCAAGUACCUCGCCAUCCGCCGCACUCUCAUUCACGAGCUCGCGCACAUGGAGGUGGAUGACCACAAUGCGCAGUUCAAGGCACUCGAUAGCCAGCUGAGCAAGGAGGUGGAGGCGUCAGACUGGACUCGCUCCGUCUCACACUCUACAGCUCCCCCCUCCGCCUCCCUCUCACACCUUCUCUCCAACCCCCCUCCCUCGUCCUCGCAUCCGCACGUCACGACUGCUGCACCUCGCACGCUGCUGCCGGUGGCGCCUGCAGCACCAGCAGCUGCGGCGGCGGCGGCAGCAGCAGAGGCAAGAGCGCAGGCGGCACUUGCAGCGGCAGUGGCAGCGAGACGGGGAGGUGAAGCAGGAGCACCUGCAGAAGCAGCUGCUGCAGCUGCAGAUUCCCUGAAAGGAAGGCCACAAUUAUCCGCAGCAGCAGCAGCAGCAGCAGCAGAAGCAGGUGGCACAAGAGACGGGAAGAGGACGAGAGGGUCAGCGCGGGAAAGGACAAGAGAAGCCAGUCAGAGUGGGGUCACUGGGCGGCACAGUGGGUGCAUGGCAGCAGAUGAUUCACAUGCGAUGCAAGAAAGUGAUGCUGCAGGGCAUGCAGGGAGCACUCUGUUGUUGCAGCCCUGGGUGCAAGAUGAUGGCACCGAUGGCAGCAGCAGGGAAGCAGGUAGUGCACUUGGGUCGGCCAUAGGGGAGGAGGUGGCGUACGUGCAUGCAGCAUCGCAUGAGGCAUCACACAGGCUAGUGGCGCUGAGGGAGCAGCUGCGGCAGGAGGUUCAGGACUCACAGGAGUUCCACACUGCCCUCGCCACUCUCUCGCGCAUUGUCAACAACGCCAGGCAACACCCCCACGAUACCAAGUACCACCGCAUUCGGCCAGUGAGUUCAGUUCUUGCCAUUUCCCUCACUCCUACUUCCGCCAAUCCCAAGUUCCACAGCAGUGCCGGCAGGUUCACAGCGGCGGUGGCCAUUCUGGUGGCAGCAGGGUUCCGCAGGGUGAACGAGAAAAGGGAUGCUUCAGGUGGGAGUGCAUAUGAGGAAGUGCUACUGCUGCGCCGGUUUGACCCUGUGCUCCUGUGGCUUGCAGCAGACGUGCUGGAUGCUGCUUCUUGA